AUGUUGCGAGUCUCUGUCGCUGCACGGCCUCUGUCGCUGCUGCAGCCGACGUCGGCUAGGCAACUGCCGCACUGCCGGCGUGCGGCGUCGUCCGCCGCGCCGGCCGCAGCAGCAUCGCUCGAGGAACUGCUCCAGCAGCACCGCAUCGCGCCCUCUGCGCCGCUUGCGGCCGACGCCCUCGGGCGGCUGCCGUCCCGACUCGCAUUCCUGCAGGGGCUGGGCGUGCCCGACGCGGCGGUGGCGGCAGUGGUGCGCCGCAACCCGUCGGUGCUCUCCACCGAGCCGCAGGCGCUCUCGCCCGGUCUCGACUACUUGCUGUCGCUCGGCGUCGCGGACUUGGGCGGCUCGGUGCGGCGCGCGCCCGACUUGCUGGGCUGUUCGGUGCGGCGUGACCUGGGGCUGAAGGUUGCGAUCCUGCAGUCGCUCGGCGUGCGCGAUAUCGCGCGGUAUCUCUCUCGCAACCCGCGCCUCGUCAGCAUCGACGUCGAGCGGCAGAUGCGACCCGCUGUCGGGCGAGUGCUCGAGCAGCUCCCGACAGUCGGGCUCAACGCGGAGGCGAUCGCGCCGCGGAUCGAGUACUACCGCAGCCUCGGCGUGCCGCGCCUCGGCCGCUUCCUCUCUCGCCACCCGCCCCUCCUCGCCUACUCGCUCGAGGCGAACGUGCAGCCCAAGGUCGCCUGGCUCAAGGAGCAGGGCUUCGGCGACGUGCCGACGCUGCUGAGCAGGAGCGUGGGGCUCCUGCCGCGGCAGAUCGGCGACAUCGAGCACUUCCCGCGCAUCCUCAACUACUCGGUCGAGCACCUCACGCUGAGGCACGACUUCCUGGCCGCCGCCGGCAAGGCGGGGGCGCACGGCCUCACUCGCACGUACCGCUCGUCGCCGCACACCUUCGCGACCAAGCUCGCAAAGCGCUCGCUCGACGAGUUCGAGGCCUUUGUCGCUCGCCGCGCCUCGACCCGCGGACCGCACCGCCGCGCCGCCGACGCCUUCCUCGCGCGCUACGAGGGCGAGGGCGCGAAGGACGACCAGCGGCGCGCGGCUGUGGCGGCGGCGCGGAGCAGGCUGGACGGGCUGCUCGAGGCGGCGCGCAAGGCGGCGCCAGCCAUACGACUUUCCUUUCCACCCCUCUCGGUGCUCUCGCGCGCCAAGCAAUACUUGCAAUGCCAGUGCGCGCCAAAGGCAAAGCGCCAAAAUCCCGUGCCCUUCGUGCCUUCGUGCGCUGUGGAAAAAUCCUUUUCUGGGAUCGUCAGCGAGCUUGCCUGUGCGGCGGAGGGCGGUGGAGUGCACGGAGCUAAGUGCCUCGCCGUCCUCGCAGGAGUCGCUUAG